GAUGACGUGGCGCGCGCGCGGGGCCGCCCGGGCAGCAUGGCGUCGGUGGCGCUGAGCGAGGCGGAGAAGGUGUACAUCGUGCACGGCGUCCAGGAAGACCUCCGCGUGGAUGGCCGUGGCUGUGAGGACUACCGGUGCAUCGAGGUGGAAACUGAUGUGGUGUCCAACACCAGUGGGUCUGCCAGGGUCAAGCUGGGUCACACAGACAUCUUGGUGGGCGUGAAAGCAGAAAUGGGGACCCCCAAGCUGGAGAAACCAAACGAAGGCUACCUGGAGUUCUUUGUCGACUGUUCUGCCAACGCCACUCCUGAAUUUGAAGGCCGAGGAGGUGACGACCUUGGCACAGAGAUUGCUAACACCCUCUACCGGAUAUUCAACAGCAAGAACAGUGUUGACCGGAAAUCCCUCUGCAUCAGUCCUCGGGAGCACUGCUGGGUUCUCUAUGUGGACGUGCUACUGCUGGAAUGUGGUGGGAAUCUGUUUGACGCCAUCUCCAUCGCGGUCAAGGCUGCUCUCUUCAAUACAAGGAUACCAAGAGUACGUGUUCUGGAAGAUGAAGAGGGGUCAAAAGACAUUGAAUUGUCAGAUGACCCUUAUGAUUGCAUCCGACUGAGUGUGGAGAAUGUCCCCUGCAUUGUCACCCUGUGCAAGAUCGGCUAUCGGCACGUGGUGGACGCUACGCUGCAGGAGGAGGCCUGCUCCUUGGCCAGCCUGUUGGUGUCCGUGACCAGCAAGGGAGUCGUGACGUGCAUGAGGAAAGUGGGGAAGGGCAGUCUGGACCCAGAGAGCAUCUUCGAGAUGAUGGAGACCGGCAAGCGAGUGGGCAAGGUGCUGCACGUGUCCCUGCAGAGCCUGCUGCACAAAGAAGAGAGCCUGGGCGCCCAGAGACAGAAAGUGGGGUUCCUGGGGUGACCGGCGUGUGCCCCCACAACAGCUGUGUCGUUGGACUUUUCCUUGCAGAUUCGUGUUUGUAUAUAUUUUUCUUAAUUGCUGUGAGGUUAAGGCAGCGUUUAUCCAUGUAAAAUAAAGUCUAUUUUCUGGUCUGGC